AUGGCACCGCCUUCAGAUCCUCAAAGUCGAACGUCGACCCCCCGUUCGUUUGUGAACCAGACAGCUUCCGCCGAAGACUUACUGAAAUCGCAAACGGUUGGCCUCGUUCACCUCUCAGACUUCCGGAAACGACGAGCUGAGGUUCUUGAACAAAAGGAACGGGAGGCGCAUGACAAAUCUCUUGGGAGGUUUGUUCAGGGGAAUUCCAGAAGUGGCACCCCUUCUGGUGGAGAAACAACUGACGGGGCCGAGUCUGCCCAACUAUUUCCCAAAAGGAAAAAGAAGAAGCUGGGCCAUUUCGCGAAGAGCAAAUUAUCUUUUGGUGAUGAUGAGGUGGAAGAGGGGGUAGAAUCUUCCACCGCUCUAACCCCCAACACCAGUGAUGGCAAAUCACCAUCCAAAACCCCCGCGGAAGGCAGCCCAAAACCACCCACGCGACGAAUAGCGCCCAAUCCAAAUCUAUCCAUACCUCCUCCGAAAGUCGUCACAAAGUCAGCCCGAGAGGCCGAAGCGCAAACGCGAGAUGCUCUCCGGCGGGAAUUCCUGGCACUGCAAGAAAAGGUAAAAGCGACUGAGAUAUUGAUACCGUUCGUCUUUUACGAUGGAACGAACAUCCCUGUAGGGACUGUGAAGGUCAAGAAGGGUGAUCCGAUAUGGGUUUUCCUUGAGCGCUGUCGGAAGGUAGCCGCAGAACUGGGGAUUGGAGGUGCUGGUGGGGGUGGGAGGUCUGGGAGAGGUCGAAAAGACCACCGCAGAGAGUGGGCGAGGGUGGGUGUAGACGAUUUAAUGUGUGUUCGAGGGAACGUAAUUAUUCCACAUCAUUAUGAGCUCUACUACUUUAUCGCGAAUCGAGUCCCGAGUUUUACCAAAGCUGGUGGGUUACUAUUUGAUUACACCAAUACUGCUCCGCCAGAACCUAGCGAUGAUCCGGAAUCACAGCCACCCCAGCUUGAAGGGGGGGACAUGGAUCCCACCUUUACCAAGGUUGUUGACCGGAGGUGGUUUGAGCGAAACAAGCACAUAUUUCCAGCGAGUCUCUGGCGAGAAUAUGAGCCUGGAGAGGAGUUCGUAAAGAAGAUGGGGAGUAUCAGAAGGGAUAACAAAGGCAACGCUUUUUUUUUCUAG